AACACCAGGUUAGCCAUGAACAGUUCUCAUUUCAGUGCUCUCGCCAGAAAGGGUGCAAACCCCGAUUUAGUAGCCGAUUUGGAUGUUGAUGCACCAUUAAGAUCCAACAAAUUAAUUGAUCCUCAAGAUGAACAGAUUGAUUCGUUGAACUUCUCAAUAAUUUACAAGUUGAUACUUGCCGGCAAAAUCCAAGAUGCUAUAGAUUAUGCGAAUAACACGGGUAAUUUUGCCCUCGCGUUAAUUUUGCUUGGAGCUUCUCAAGAUUACAUUGAUCCAGUGUUGGACGGUAUCUCUUCCCCGCAAGAGAAUGCCAAAUCAGGAGGAAUCAAACAUAAAUUAGCCUGGAAACGAACAGUGUACAAAUUAUCCCAACAACCCAACCUUAACCAAUAUGAACGUUUGAUUUAUAACUAUCUCAGUGGAGGCGAUAUUGCAGAAAACUUGAAAGUGGCUGAAGAAAAUUGGGAAGAGUCGUUGCUAUUGUAUGCAUCACAACUAUUACUAUACAAGUUGGAAUCAUUCAUAUCCUCAUUCAACCCUCAAGAAACAUUAUCUAUCAAUGUUCCUAAACCCCAAGUAGAUUCCAUUGAUCAAAUACUUAAUAACCUCCUGAAUGCAAACGACCAAUUAGCUCAACAAGGCGUGGAUCCAAUACGAGUUAUGACUGGAGCGGUCAUGAUUGAUCAAGUACCUUCCCUUUUACAUAACUUAAUUGCAUCUUCCCAAGAUAACCAGACACUCGCAGAUCAACAUUUGCUUAGAAUAAUCACCCAUUUACUGAUCUAUUUAUACCUGGUUACCCCACUGAUUGACCCUCAAGACCUUACUGUGAUCCUUACGUUAUACGUUGCCAAAUUGUCAGAAUGCAAAGCACCUGAAUUAAUACCUAUCUAUUUAUCAUUCAUGCCUGAUGAAAAAGAUGCUCGUGAAACGUAUUCACUUUACCUUUCCUCCCUUACUGAUCGUGAACAACGUUUGAAGCAAUUGGAAAUGUCGAAAAAGAUAACUCAGCCAGUGAUUACCGAUGAUGAAAUGGUAAUUAUAGAUGACUCACAGGGUGGUAAGUUGGUCAAUGUAUUGAGAAGGACUGUGGAACGAGUAAUGAAUGAAACUGCUGAUCAUUAUGUCCCUCAAGGACCGAUUGUUGUUCAGGAUGAUAUCAAUGGGGCUGUUAAUGAUAUUGACUUCAAGUUGUACCGUGCUGUUGAAUGGUUCUAUGAUAAUAAGAUGUAUGGUGAUGCCAUUUCUGCCACCAUUAUUGUCAUCCGUCGAUUCUUGAGUUGUGGAAAAUUAACAGCAUUAAAAAAGUUUGCUCAAGGUAAAGAUUUCAACCAAUUACUUGCAGAUUUCGAUUUACAAACUCUAGGAGGGUCCGAAGACGACGUACAAAUCCUGGAAGAAACCAAAGAAGAAUUAAAAUCAUACGCAAGACUAUUGCAAGGUUUAAGCUUGAUUGACCAAUGGAAGGAGUUCACUCGAGGGAAUGUAAGCUGGGCCAGUCCUAUCAUUACUAAUUGCUUAGAAAAGGUUACAGGAACGUUACGCAAACUAAUGACUGAUUGGUUCAAAGACUUGAUUGAAAGCACGGCUGAUGAAAGUAGUAUUUCGGUUUAUCAAAACAUCCGAUCAAUUUAUAUCCCAUAUCUUAUCAUUGAGUUGUUACAGGUAUACACGCUUGCUCGUGCUAAGGAUUGGAAAUACAUUAGAAUGGCAUUUGAGUUGAUUAAUGACGUUGCCAAUGAAGAGUAUGACUACUUACAAUGUUUCACUAGCUGUGGCCGUCUAGAUGAGUUCUUAACCCAAGCAGGUCAUUUGGCAGUUACUGCUUCUGAACGAGGAGCCAGUGGAAUCUUUACAUAGACUGCAAAAAAAAAAAAAGUAUAUUUGUGUAUUACUAAUAGAAUACUGUAAAUCUAGUUUAAUGACGAUGCCUUUUCGUAUAAUAAAUCAACUACGCUGGAUAAGUUCUUAAUCAAAUCCAAGGAUGCUUCAUAACUGGCAUCUUUUCUAGGUUCAUCAUACACAAUCAACCAUCCAUUUCCUUGAUCCAAUACCCCAUAGAAAACCUUAUCCAAAAUCAUUUGAGAUAACUUUCCUUCAACUUGUUGCAAGUUCAAGCCAAUGGUCUUGGAGAUAUGUGAUAAUUCAACACAACUGUAUGAUUCAAUAAUCUUCAACAAGUUUUGUUCCAACAAGUUGUCAUACAAUGCAUUGAAAUGGUUUUUAAUAAUUGGGUCCAGUUUCAAUUCGUCUGUAUAGGUCAAUAAUGAAGUUUCAAACUCUUUCAAAGAUCUGUUGGAAUAAGCAAGUGCAAUUGCCUUCAUGGCAUCAAUAUCACGGGAUUUGUAUUUGAUCACGUUCUUGUUGUUCAAGAUAUUGUUAACAUCAUCAACCAAAUUCAACAUAAUCUUGGUCAACAACAUGUAUUUCAACACCACAAUUGAUCUUGGGUCUUCUUGAGAAUUGAAUCCUUCGAAACUUUCAUAAAAGUAUGAAAAUGCAGUUUUGUAGUCCUUAUCUUCAGCAUUCAAAAUACCACUUUGGCAAUCUAAUUCAGCUUGUAAAAUAGUAGGGCAAUAGAUGGAAUUGGCUGAAGUUCUGGCACUGGUCAAGGCUGCUCUUGACUUAGGAAUGUUUCUCAAGGCAUGAUAGAUCUUUGACUCCAACAAUUGAACCUCAACCAAGGACGAUUUGUCAUCCAAUUUCUUAUAUUCUCUUAACAAGUCAGUAAUGUUCUUCAACGCUUCUUGAUAGUUGUGUUUUUGGUAUAACAAGUCGGACAAUUUCAAUUGUAACGACUGUCUCAAGAAUGACAAUUUACUGGUGACGGCCCAUUCAAUGCUUUCUCUGGUAGCUUUAAUUUGUAAAUCUAAUGAAUCUUCAAUCUUAUCAAAGUUUUCAAUCAAGGUUUUGACAAUCUUGGCCGUCUUUGAUUUGGCGAAAUUACCAAGGACUUGUCGCGAAUGAGUGAUCAAGUCAGCGAGCUUGUUGGCAUCUUGCUGUGCUUCAUAAAUCUUACCUAAUUCCAAUAUGGCUGUUUCUUGUUGUUGUAAUACUUUAGCUGGUGGGUUGGUUGUUGUGGUUGUAUCUUGGAUAAGUUGAGUGUAUUUUGCUUCAGCAACAUCAUAUUGCUUGGCUGUAGUUGCCUCCUUGGCUUCUUUCAACAAUUGCUCCGACAUAAUCUAUUGAUCUUACUACGUUAUUCUCCAG